AUGAGCUCCAGCAGCCACACUUCGCUACUGCUGCUUCUAGUGCUGCUGCUGUUGGUGCUGCAGGUCAACAUCGUCAACAGCUUCCAACAAGAAGAGGAUGGUCGUACUAAUCAAACAAAGGGAGAGAGCCACCGGCCUCUACGGCGAUACAAGAGAAGAUGGAUUAUUACCACCUUGGAACUGCAGGAGGAAGACCCAGGACCCUUUCCCAAACUUGUUGGUGAGCUGUUCAGUGUUAUACCUGAUGACACGUCAUUGAUGUAUUUAAUCAGUGGACCUGGUGUGGAUGAAUAUCCAGAGAUUGGUUUGUUUUCUAUAGAAGAACAUGAGAGUGGAAAAAUAUAUGUUCAUCGCACUGUGGAUCGAGAGACAACACCAUCUUUUAUGGUUUAUUUUGAUGUGGUGAAUCGCUCAACAGGAAAAAUUGUGGACAAAUCCUUGACUUUCAACAUUAGGAUCACUGACGUGAAUGAUCAUGCGCCCCAGUUCCCUGAGAAGGAAUUUGACGUCAGUGUGAGAGAGGACCACGAUGCAGGUCAACCUAUUUUUCAGAUGUCAACAGUUGAUUUGGAUCAAGAAAAUACUCCAAAUUCUCAAGUCUUUUAUUUCCUUGUUUCUCAAACACCGGUACUGAAAGAAAGUGGCUUCCGGAUUGAACGUUAUAGUGGAGAAAUACGACUCUCAGGAUGCUUAGAUUAUGAGACUGCUCCUCGGUUUACGCUAGUGAUCGGAGCGAGGGAUUACGGAGAACCACAGCUGUCAUCCACGGCCACGGUUCAUGUCAACGUGCAAGAAGGCAACAACCGCAUGCCCACAUUUGCCCAAGAGAACUAUGAGAUUCAGAUUUCUGAAGGCCAACCCCGCCAGGGUGUGUUGCGUCUCCUGGUCCAAGAUGGUGACACGCCGCUUACAUCAGCUUGGAGAGCAAAAUUCCACAUAGUGAAUGGCAACGAAGAGGGACAUUUUGACAUUUUGACUGACCCUGAGACCAAUGAAGGGAUUUUAAAUGUUAUCAAGCCUUUGGAUUAUGAAACCCACCCAGUGCGAAGCCUUGUCAUUGCCGUGGAAAAUGAAGAGCUGCUCUUCUCCUGCGAGGGGGGCAAGAUUCUGAAGCCAAGGAAGGCAGUGGCAAGUGCCACCGUGAGUGUGCAGGUGAUGGACGCCAACGACCCGCCGGCCUUUCACCCUGGGAGCUUCGUCGUCAGUGAAGUCGAUGGUGCCAAGCCUGGAAUUCAGUUGGGAACUUUUAAUGCUCUGGAUCCAGACAAAACUGCCAGUCAGAUAAGGUAUAAACUGGUUCAUGAUCCAGCAAACUGGGUCACUGUAGAUGAGCGCUCAGGAGCAGUUAUCACCAGGAAGGAAAUUGACCGAGAAUCCCCUUAUGUAAAUGAUAGUUUUUACAUAAUCAUCGUUCAUGCUGUUGAUGAUGGCCUCCCGCCACAGACGGGCACGGGGUCCCUGAUGCUUUUCCUGUCAGACAUCAAUGACAAUGCCCCGACUCUCCAUCCCCGUUCUCAAUACGUGGAGGUCUGUGAGUCUGCAGUGAGCAAGCCCCUCAUCAUCGAGGCCGAGGACAGUGACCUGCAGCCCUACUCGGACCCCUUUACCUUUGAGUUGGAUGAUACCGAGGGAAAUGCAAGAGACACAUGGAAAUUGGGGGAACAGCAGGGUCGGUCAGCUGAACUUGUAAUGUUGAGAAGCCUCCCACGAGGAGAUUACUCAGUGCCACUUUUCAUCCGAGACAAACAGGGACUUUCCCAGAAGCAGAGUGUCCACGUGAGAGUCUGUUCCUGUCUCAGUGGAUUCACAUGUGCAGAGCGCUCUGUUGUAGGAGCUGGGCUCCUCCCGGGGCUCCUGGCCCCUCUCUGUGCAGGGUUCCUGGCUCUGGCAGUUGCUCUGCUUUUCCUGCUGCGAUGCUAUUUUGUGUCUGAAGCCAAGAAGCACAGAUGCUCUGUCCCACCUGAGGAUGGCCAACAGACCCUGCUCACAUACAAUGACGAGAGCAAAGUCAUUUCUACCCAGGUCCCACAGGAAAGGUCAGAUGUCAAGGAUCAGCUGAAAGCCCUGUUGAUCAACACAGCCGAGGUGGGCGCCAAGCCCGGUGCUAAGGAUGUAAAUGAUAUGCUACUAUCUCCAGAGAGUGCAUCAGACCAAGCAUGCUUUGUCCUGGGGAUGCCGGGUUAUGGUGUGCUUUUUGAGCCAAGAGGUGUGAGGAACAAAUACCCUACUUCUGCGGUUUACCCGGAUCCUGAGGUGCCCAGACGAACCCUGGAAGUGAGGGCAGGAACGACAGUGGCGAUGCUGAGUCAGAAGCUCUGUGGCGUUGACGUGCUGGAUGAUGACACUGGUUACCUGCCUAAGGUCUACACCGAGGAGGGGCCAUGUGAAAGAGCUGAAACCCUCAGUUCUCUCACCUUCUCGGAGCAGGACCUGCCACCUGACUUGUUGGACUGUUUGGGUUCAAAGGCUGCUCCACUUGAAGAAAUAUUUUCAGAGUCAGGCGUUCCUUCCUAAAAAGUGCAUAUUUGGGACAAGUGGAGUAAUUCAUGGAGGGGGAUCACUAUUCAAGUUUUCUUUUUCUUCUUUCUUAAAAAAUUACUUCCUAAUCCUAGGAUGCAGAUAAACCUACUAGGAGUCUGGAUUAAAAGCUUUGAUAUUCUCAGACCAGGCAUCUUGAACCAAAGCAACACAGCAGGUUACACUUUUAAAAAAUUUGAUUGGUCAGAUUUUCUAGAGAAACGUGAAUUUAAUUGUGUAAUUCCUUGCUUCCCUUAGCAGCCCAGGUCUGAGGGUAAAUGAAACCAUAAUCCAUAGAUUACCCAGCAAUUUGGCAACAACAGGGAAUACUGGGGGAAAACGAAAAUAGAUUUUUUUAGUGAUAUUUACAUUUCUGUAAUUAUGAUUCUGCUUCAGUUUAAGUGAAAAAAAUAGGGAAAUGUUUUCUAAACCAUUAGUGACCAGUAUUUUUAGUGAUUUUUUAAAAAAUAAAUAUUGAUCUCUUUUCAUUUUUUGAGUAGAUAAAAUAUGUUAUCAUGAUUUUGCUUAAAACUUUAUAAGCAGCACGCUCUUAAAAAAUGAACAGACAUAAUUUAACUUGCAGGUGUUACGUAAGCAAAAGAAUUUAGCAGCCUUUGAAUGGAGAAAUUCCAAUUAGACUUUAUCUUUAAACAAAACCACAAACUUUGUUAAUUUUUUACUUGGCCACUUCCUGCUGGUUUAACUGUGGAGGAAGGAUAGUUUCUUUUAAGAAUCUUUAAAAAACUGCACUAGUAGGACGUGUGCCCUAGAAAUAGUCUUCUUGUCUGAGUAAUAGAAAGGGACUGAUGAAGCAAAAUUUUAAGUGGUACCAGGACACUUUCAUGUAUAUAUUUGAUAUCUAAGUGUGUGUCCGAGUGAGCACAGCUUUUGUGAGUGCCCUCUCGCGCCCUAGGAUAAAUGAGAGGCACACGUUUGCUGUCGAAUCAGUGAAGCACUGUAUUGAACAGAAAGUUUCUGCAGACUCAUGAGUUCAAACUUCCCUCUUCCUUCUGAAGAAGCUGUUCACAUGUUUACUGUAAAGAGAUCUCAAGUGUUUGUCCAUAGUUACUGCACUCCUCAUCCAGCGCUUUGGGUAACUGAAAAAGAAGAAAAUCCAUCUUCAAAGCAUUGAAAGCGUCAAUCUGACACGCGAACAUGCAGAACAGCUGUGCCGAUGCUGGAAUGAGUCAGAGGAGAGUCUAGGACAUUCUGGGUAAUUCUGGUUAGAAGUAAUUGUUUAGAAAAGAAUACCUUUUGAGUCUGAAUAGUUGGCGGGAAUAAGUGGGUGGUCAUUAGACCUUCCUGGCUCUGAGGCAAGGGUCAGAAAACCACGGCGGUGGGGCAGCUCUGGCCCACCUGCUGUUUUUGUAAAUAAAGUUUUAUUGGCACACAGCCUCCCUUGCAUAUUGUUGAUGUGCUGUCUGCCUGCUUUGUGCUGCCACGCUGAGCUGAGUAGUCAGACGUAUCCACUUCCUGGCCCUUUACAGGAAAAGUAUGCUGACCUCUUGUUUAAAGCAUUCUUUUUGGAAACUCCACAU